AUGCGGGACGCAAACGGGCAUAGUAGUUCCUUGCAUGCUCCUACCACAAACCAGGCUUUAUCAGGGCACAAUGUUUCAUUCACCGUGGAUCCAUCCACGGACACCGAAGGAACAGAUCCAUGUCCACCGCAUGAACAUGACCCAUGGAGUUGUAUGGAAACCAUACAGUUAGCAACGGACACUUCUCCACCUAACGCACAUGACCCCGAUCGAUGGAGUUGUAUGGAAAACAUACAGUUCCCAACGGGCCCUUGUCCACCGAAUGCACACGACCCCGAUCCAUGGAGUUGUAUGGAAAACAUACAGUUACCAACGGAACCUUCUGCAUCUGACGCCGAUGACCCCGAUACAUGGUGUUGUAUGGAAACUAUACAAUUACAAACGGACCCUUGCCGACCUCAUGACUGCGAUCCAUGGAGUUGUAUGGACACCAUGCAGUUAGAACAACAAGAGCCUCCUUCUUCCCUUGCAUACUCUUCCGACCCCGGGAAUGAAUGCCGGAUCCCCGACCACACUAAUUGGAUUAACUGGAUUGACCGCAACAAAUACCUUUUGCGGCAGUGCAUGACGCAGCCGUGGUUUUUGCAAUUAAAAGUGGAUUGGAAACAAUACCUGCGCGAGCACAUGGUGGCAAACGAGGACAACGUAGUAUCCGGGCAGCGUGCACUCCGUGAGCGUGGCAAUAUCCCAUCCGUAGACAUCAAGAAAGAUGCAUGGAAAAAGUGGGUCGAACAGCAACAUCAGCAAAUGAGUAUGUAUGGCCCGGAGCAGCAGUGGUUCCAACAUUUGUUGCAUAAUGUACAGGAGGAGACAGUACCGGCAAAAGGCGAAGUACCACGAGUAGCAAAACACUUAGAGGUGGAAAACGUGAAUGCAGCACAACAGAUGCUAAGAGUGCGCGUUGCACCACGCUCGCAACUGCAUCCGCAAUCUUACAUGAAAAAACGGGUAACCGCUAAAAUAUGGAUACUGCUCCUUGCAUUAAUCAUAGAACAGUGCGAGGUCGACAGGCGUUUGCAGGAUAGGGAGUUAUAUGUGGAUGACCUAUUGCAGAAGCUCUGCCAUUCGGAUGACGUCAGGGGUAUGUAG